GACAGUCCCUGGGGUGAGGAAAAGUCUGAUUGUCUGAUUCCCCUAUGGCUUCUAAAAUAUUCAUUUCUUAAAUUAGAUGAAAUAAAAUUAUUGUUGGAGUAAGUGGCAGAAUGAAUGCAGCUGCUGAUGAGGAAUUAAUGACUGGAGGGUCAACUCAAAGGACGCUUUCAGAAGAAUCAAGGACUGGAGUGAACACUGGGGACAUUGGAUACCAUUUUCAAAACAGCUGCUGAGCUGAGGAGGAGGGAGGGCAAAGAUUUCCGAACAAGAGCUCAGAACUAAAUGUUGAGGAAUUCCUCUAGUGCCACUGAAUUUUUUCUCUUAGGCUUCCCUGGAUCCCAGGAAGUACGCCAUAUCCUUUUUGCUACUUUCUUCUUUUUGUACUCAGUGACAAUAAUGGGAAAUAUAGUUAUCAUUGUCACCGCCUGUGUUGAUAAACGCCUGCAUUCCCCCAUGUACUUCUUCCUUGGCCACCUGUCUGUCCUGGAGAUCCUGAUCAUAUCUGUUGCUGUCCCUUUUAUGCUCUGGGGGUUGUUGCUUCCAAAGACUCAGAAAAUAUCUUUGAGUGCAUGUGCUGCACAGCUGUAUUUGUACCUUUCUUUGGGUACCUCAGAGUUGGCAUUAAUGGCAGUGAUGGCUGUGGACCGUUAUGUGGCUGUCUGCAACCCUUUGAGGUACAACAUUAUUAUGAACAGCCGCACCUGCAUCUGGGUGGUAGUUGUGUCAUGGGUGUUUGGGUUCUUUUCUGAAAUCUGGCCAGUCUAUGCCACAUUUCAGCUUACAUUCUGCAAAUCAAAUCUGUUAGAUCAUUUUUACUGUGACCGAGGACAAUUGCUCAAGCUAUCCUGUGAUGACACUCUUUUCACAGAGCUUAUUCUAUUUUUAAUGGCUGUUUUUAUUAUCAUUGGUUCUUUGAUCCCUACAUUUGUCUCCUACACCUACAUCAUCUCCACCAUCCUCAAGAUCCCCUCAGCCUCUGGGCGAAGGAAAUCUUUCUCCACAUGUGCCUCCCACUUCACCUAUGUCGUGAUCGGCUAUGGCAGCUGCUUGUUCUUGUAUGUGAAACCCAAGCAAACGCAGGCAGCUGAGUACAACAGGGUGGCAUCACUGCUGGUUUUAGUGGUGACUCCUUUUCUGAAUCCUUUUAUUUUCACUCUCCGCAAUGACAAAUUCAAACAGGCAUUUGGAGACGGCGUGAAACGCUGCUAUCAACUGCUCAAGCAUUAGCUCUGUCCUGUGGACCAUCCUCAUCACUGACUUCAGUAAUCUGAAGGUACUAAUUUAAAUCCAAAAUAAUCAUUCUCAUGAUCAAAUAUUUGUGAUCCAGCAGGAAAUUUUUAGAUACUGACAGUACUUUAAUUUGUAAUUGAUUGCUUCCUCAAUGGCUAAUCACUUU